AUGAAAAGUAAGUAAAAUGGCACAGGAUGGGUUUGGGGGGAUGAUAAGCCCCUGGCCCUUCUAGUUGCAUGGCUACCAGAAGAAGUAGCGCAAUUCAUUUCCUUCAACCUCAUGGUUAGCAUAGUAUUAAUCCUUCGUGUUAUUAAUUACGUCAUAAAGAGCGCAUUUACAUCAGCAAUUCCUGAAUCCCUCAUUGCCAUUUUCGCAGGAAGUAUUAUCGGCUCUCUCAUGAGAAAUACUGAAAUUCGAAUGUCUUACUUCUGGGAGUUUACUCCAACCCUGUUUUUCAUGAUUCUCUUACCUUUCUGUAUCAUUGAUGCUGCCUACAGUCUCUACAAUCGUACCUUUGCCGAUUGCGUCGUUGCAAUAAUUUCCUACGCCGUCUUUGCCACAGUUCUCAAUAUGAUUUUGAUCGGAACUUUACUAAUAAUAGCUGAACAAAUAGGCUUCUUUAAAGCAGAAGGAUUCAAAUUUGGACCGCAGGUCUUGAUGUUCUAUGCCGCCACAAUUGUUGCCGUUGAUCCGGUUGCCGUUUUAAACGUGUUUUAUGAAAUUGGCGUCGAUCCAAAUCUUUACUAUCUUGUUUUGGGAGAGUCGUUACUAAAUGAUGCAGUAACGGUCGCUCUCUAUAAAAUCGUUAAUGAAUUUCUUGAUAGUCGUGAGGUAACUAUACGUGAUGUACUAAUAGGAAUCGCGGCAUUCUUUACCAUAAAUGCAGGAGGAAUACUAGUUGGCAUCAUACUUGGAGUUUUAUCUUGUAUCUUGACACGUAUUCCGACACGCCUUGAGGUAGUUUUUCUCUUUAUUGGCAACUACUCAGCUUAUCUUCUUGGAGAUGCUCUUGGAUGGUCGGGCUUGGUUUGCUUAAUUACUUGCGGCAUGGUGCAGAGUAGCUACGCCUUCCAUAAUCUGAGUUCUGAAGAUGCUGUAACUUGCCGUAGAAUGGCUCAUAUGCUUGCGGACAUUUGUGAGACGAUGACUUUCUUGCUUAUUGGCAUGAAAAUGACGAGUAAUGAACUCUACUGGCACACAUCUUUCAUCCUCUCUCAGCUUAUUGUCUGCCUUGUCGUUCGAAGUGUUGUUGUCUUUGGCAUGACCUGGUGUUUGAAUAAGUACGACAUGAAUUACUCACGAAUAACAGUAACUGAACAGUUCAUUUUAGCCUAUGGGGGAUUGAGAGGUGCAGUGGCACUCUCUCUAGUCUAUUUAGGCGAUACCGAAAAUAUUGAUCAAGGUCAACAUGGUGUGCACAAAAUUCUAAUUACGGCCACACUCUUUACAAUACUAUUCACAGUUGGCUUUAUGGGUCCAACGAUGAGACCCUUAGCCCGACUGCUUCGAGUUAAACUAGCUGCAAAACAGGAGAUUAGCUUGAUGAAGGAACUCAAUGAAAGAAUAAUUGACGAGGUUAAUUCUGGUCUGGAGGUCAUUACUGGUCAUAUGGGGUGGAAUCGAGCUCGAGACUGGUUUCUAAAAGUGAAUGAGAAGUACAUUCGAAAAGUCUUGCAAAAUGAUCCACAAUUUCGAAAUCAAAAGAUCGUGAAGGUGUACCAGGACAUGGCUCUCGUUUUACAUCAAGCCUCCUUAAACCCCAAAAAAGCGCAUGUGCUUUUGGAGGAAUUGCCUGUUAAUGUCAGGACCGCAUAUCGAGCUCAAGAGCUUGAGGACAUGACAGAGACAUAUCAUCAAUUAAAAAUGGCAACAACUAGGAGUCCUGUCAGAAAAUUCUAUGACUACCAUUCACUGUUUACUGUAAAGCUUCAACAAUUUUGGGGUUGUGUAAGUGAACCACAAAAUUCACAAGCAAACAGGAAAGCCACGGCUCAUGGCAAUAGGCUCUUGCCUUGGGUGAAAAAUGUGGAGAGUUCAUCCCAAAAUCCAGAUAGGGAGACCAAGUCUGAAGAAGGUACACAAUCAAAAGAAGGACCAAAUACUUCAGGCAAUCAAGGCUCUCCUCAGUCGGUGAAUAAAAUGGAACGGAAAUCCGAACAUGAUUAG